UCUUGUUACGCAAGAGUCGACAGAUGUCGUAGUGGCAUGGAAAAACCUGUCAAAGGACCUAAAUUAAUGUGAAUGGGGGUCGGCCUUAACAGUGGGGCAGCCUCCGCGGCCUCGACGAGACAAUCUGAACGAACGCGCAGAACUGCAGUAGACCGCAAAAACGUAAGAACAUUCCGCGUUAGAACAUCGCUCUUCGGGAAUACGACAAAACACACGCUGCCCCCGCUGAACGACCGCAAACCUCUAAUUCGUGUAAAAGAAUCCAGGAUCCGGAAGCUCGUCCAUCCCUUAGUUGACGAUCCGUAGGAAAUGGCAUCAGCACCCGAAGGAUUGAUGCAGACGGCAGAAGUAUGAAUCGCAGGAAUUCCGCCGGCAUCGAUUUUUGGAUAUAGUGAGGCUGGUAUGCCACAUCAUGAGCGGAGGACGUACCCUCAUCGGGAGACGUCGGUUCCCAACCACGUGGUCUGGCAUCCUGAUGAUCGUAGUGAUAAUCUGCGCCCUUCUGCAACUUGCCUUCUUAAGCUUGGGGGACUCCUCAGAUUCUGGCGGCGAUUUCAAUGACUCCUCAGCAGCCAUCCUCAGCAUGGUACCAUCGGGUCUCCACAAGUUCCUCACGCCUCGUCCUCGCAACCUGUCGCAUGUCCAUCAGAACGGUACUACAGCAAACCUUAUCUACAGACAAGCCCUCAACAUAUCCGAAAUGAAACGCAACAUUGCAUUGUACAAUCUACAGCAAACUGUAUACAACGAAGAUUUGUUUGGAUCCCUACAAAAUGAUUCAGUUGUGAUCGUCGUACAGAUACAUGAUCGUAUUACGUACUUGAGGCAUCUCAUAGUGAGCUUGGCGCAAGCUCGCGACAUCUCUCAAGCCCUCAUUGUCUUUUCGCACGAUAUAUAUGACGAGGAAAUAAACACCCUAGUACAAAGCAUCGACUUCUGCAAAGUGAUGCAAAUUUUUUACCCGUACAGUAUACAAGUCCAUCCGAGUCAGUUUCCAGGAGAAGAUCCGAACGAUUGUCCGCGGGACAUCAAACGAGAACAAGCAUUAAUCAGGAACUGCAAUAACGCUCUGUUUCCUGAUCUGUACGGCCAUUACAGAGAAGCCAAGUUCACGCAAACCAAACACCAUUGGUGGUGGAAGGCAAACAGAGUAUUCAAUCAACUGGAUGUGACCAGGAACCACACUGGUCUGGUGGUAUUCCUGGAAGAGGAUCAUUUCGUCGCUGAAGACUUCAUCCACGUGCUUAAGUUGAUGGACAGGACAUGUAAGGCGUCGUGCAGAUACUGCAAUAUUUUAUCAUUAGGGACGUAUUUAAAGACGUAUAAUUAUUACGGAAAAAAGGAGGUAUUGCGAGCUAUGAAACAACAAAGUGUUGUAAAUGCAGGCCAAGUACAACCUUCCUGGUCAUUUCAAGUGCUGCCUUCAUUAUAUCAGCACUCACAAAAGGUAGAGAUUACACCGUGGAUAAGUAGCAAGCAUAACAUGGGUAUGGCCUUUAACAGGACCACCUGGAUGAAAAUAGUUGGUUGCGCAGAUUACUUUUGCAAGUACGACGACUAUAAUUGGGACUGGUCGCUGCAACAGGUGUCCCAGAAUUGCUUGAAACAGAAAUUACACGCUAUGGUCGUUCGUGGCCCAAGAGUCUUCCAUAUUGGCGAAUGCGGUGUGCACCACAAGAAAAAGAACUGCGAGUCCACUGCGGUGAUAUCGAAAGUACAAAAGGUACUGAAAUCGGCGAAGAGGCAUUUAUAUCCCGACUACAUGACGCUAACUUACGUAACGCCGUUGAAGAAGCAGAAGAUACGCAAGGGCAACGGCGGAUGGGGGGAUCGCAGGGAUCACAUGCUGUGUAUGGGAAUGACCUUAAGAUAGUCGAAAGGAGAAUGUUCUUGCUCAUCGCCUAAUCACACCGAAAGUACUUUAUUAUAUUGUCUUUUUUAUUUUAUUCGAGAGUUACGGGACUGAUUUCUUAUUUUCAUUGGUACUAAAUAACGGCACGAACAUACAUCAGUGCUUGCUGCCUAAAGAGAUAUUC